AUGGAACAUCAACCACAUAUACUGCUCUUGCCGUUCCCUGCACUAGGCCACAUCAAACCCUUGCUCAGCCUAGCAGAGCUCCUAUGCCAGGCUGGCCUCCACGUUACUUUCCUCAACACCGACCACAUGCAUCGCAGCCUCACUCGCCUACCACAGCCCUCUUCUCACUUUCCCACCCUCUACUUUGACUUCAUCUCCGAUGGCCUGCCCACCGAUCACCCCCGCAAUAUGAAGCUUAUUGGGGAGUUAAUGAUCUCGCUCAAGUCCGUCACCAAGCAACGCUUCCGCGAUCUGCUCGCUGAGUUGAGCACAAAGUCCGAGCGUCCGGUCACUUGUGUAAUAGCCGAUGGCAUUAUGUCCUUCGCAGUUGAUAUUGCUAAGGAAUUGGGCGUUCGCGUAAUUACGUUUUGGGCCUUCAGUCCUUGCUGCUUGUGGCCUUUUCUCUGCCUCCCGAAGCUCAUUGAGGAAGGUCAGCUCCCUGUUGGAGGUGAGGAUGACGAUAUGGAUCGGAUGGUCAAAGGCGUGCCAGGAAUGGAAGGCCUUUUGCGACGUCGAGAUUUACCCAGUAUUUGUAGACGACAAUUGGAUAGCCCCAUCUUUCAAUUCUACGUCGAGCAGAUCAAGGCCAUGACUCAAACUUCAGCUCUCAUACUCAACACCUUUGACCGCCUCGAAGAUCCCACUCUCUCUUACAUCGCCCCUCUCUUUUCUAAAAUUUACACAAUUGGACCUCUCACUGCUCUUCUGACAUCCCAUAUUGAACAUGACAUUUUACCGUCUUUAUCGUCCUUUAAUAAUUUAUGCGAAGCGGACCGCAGUUGCAUGACCUGGCUCGAUUCACAAUCGUUAAGAUCCGUUGUUUACGUUAGCUUCGGCACCACGGGGUUGAUGAAACGUAGUCAGUUGUUGGAGUUUUGGCACGGCCUGGUCAACAGUGGCAAGCCGUUUUUAUGGGUUGUACGGCGUGAUGACAUUGAGGGUGCGGAAGCAGAGCACCCAAUACCAGAGGAGCUACAAGUGGGCACCAAAGAAAGGGGCUUUUUAGUGGAUUGGGCUCCACAAGAAGAAGUCUUGGCCCAUCAGGCGGUGGGUGGGUUUUUGACCCAUAAUGGCUGGAACUCAACCCUAGAGGGCAUUGUUGCUGGGGUCCCUAUGGUUUGUUGGCCCACACUCGCCGACCAGCAAAUUAAUAGCAGGUGGGUUAGUGAGGUAUGGAGAAUUGGCCUUGACAUGAAGGACACGUGUGAUAGAUCGACGAUUGAGAUGAUGAUAAGAGCAGUGAUGGAGGAGAGAAGGGAGGAAAUGAUGAGGUCAAUGGAUCGGAUUGUGAAAUUGGCUCAUGAUUGUGUUAACCAUGGUGGAUCUUCCUACCACAAUUUGGACAAGCUUAUUGAAGACAUAAAAGAAAUAUGAUUUACGACCUUAUUUUCCAUAAGUCUUAAUGCAUUAUGCAUGCAUGUACGUACGUA